AUGGCAAAUUCUUCUUCAGGCCGUCUGGACUUCUGGGAUGCUGAGAAGAUGCUUGAUCUUUAUGUGCACGAUUAUAUGGUGAAGAAGAACAUGCACAAGACUGCUGCAAUUUUCAGGAAGGAAGCUGAUGUCUAUUCUGAAAGUCCUGUUGUUAUUGAUACAAAGGAGGGGUUCUUGAAUGAAUGGUGGACUGUGUUUUAUGAUAUGUAUUCGUUGAGGACGUCGGAAUUGAAGCCUCAAGAGGCCAAGGCUGAGGCAGCACCGGUUCAGGACAACAGAAAAUGGAUUAGCUUCGGCAGGACUAACAACAUUGGCUCUAAGGUUGUUGGAAUGCAUAACUCCUUGCUCCCACCAACUGGAGCUCAGGAUGCAGGUUCAAGUGGAGUUAAACCUGGACCGCAAACUGCAAGGCCUUCAAAAGUAGUAAGCUCAGCUUUGCAGGCUCCAAACCAGCAGAAACUGAUUGAGACAUCAAGAGAAGAACAACAGCCACCUUUGGGUGAGCAGAAGAUGGCUUCCCCCUUGAGACAAACUACAGAAGCCCAGCAACAGCCUGAUCAGCAGCAGCAGAGGCAGUCACUAGAGGAUGGCAAAGAGAGGAGGACAGCAUCAGGAGCUGGGGACAAUCAAUUGGAAAAUGUGAAUGCUAAUGAAGAUGUCCCUGUGGAAGAAAAUACCGAGUCUUUCUUGUCCUAUGAGGAUGACAGUGCUGGUGGUGGUACAAGCACCCCAUUCAAGGCUUCAAAACUUCGUGGUGCAAAUAAAAAGCGCGAAAAGGGCUUCAAAUUUGAAGAGAUUUGUUCUCUCCACUCCAGCAUGGCUAAGGUUGUAUGCUGCCAUUUUUCAUCAAACGGGACGCUGUUAGCUAGUGCAGGGCAUGAAAAGAAGGUUCUGAUUUGGAACAUGGAAUCUUUUGAUGUUGUUAAAACUUCCGAAGAGCAUGCUAAUCUCAUUACUGAUGUACGGUUUAGACCAAAUUCAACAAUGUUUGCAACAUCCUCAUUUGAUAAAAAUGUGAAGAUAUGGGAUGCUACCAGUCCAAGUGAAUCAAUAUCCAAGCUUGAAGGGCACAGUGAGCAAGUAAUGUCUGUGGAUUUCCACCCAAGGAAACUCAAUCUCCUUUCAUCAUGUGAUAGUAACGAUGAAAUCCGACUGUGGAAUGUUAACCAAUCUACUUGCACUCACAUGCUUAAGGGAGCAACUAAACAAGUCAGAUUCCAGCCUCGGUUUGGAAAAUAUUUGGCUGCUGCUUCAGGAAAUAGCGUCAAUAUUUUUGAUGUUGAGACUGCCACUCUCGACUUGUACUCAAAGUACUCCUUUCAGGGAUCCGGACAUGCUGAAGAUGUCCUCUCAAUUUGCUGGGAUACAAGUGGGAAGUAUCUUGCUUCCGUUAGUGAAGACAGUGCACGGAUUUGGUCUGCAUCAAGUGGAAAAUGCAUACAUGAACUCCACUCAAAUGGCAACAAAUUCCAGUCAUGCACAUUUCAUCCUGGAUAUUCACUUCUCCUGAUCAUUGGUUGUAACCAGUCCCUUGAGUUGUGGAGUCCAAGUCAGAGCAAGAAAACUAUGACUGUUCCAGCACACAAAGGGCUUGUUGCUGCACUGGCGGCAUCCCCAAAGACUGAUAUGGUUGCCUCAGGGAGCCAUGAUCAGGUCGUCAAACUAUGGAAAUGA